AUGGGUAUAUUUGAUAAUUUUAAAGCAUUCAUUCAUUCUAUUACAACAGACGAUCAUUAUGCAUCUUAUGAUUCUUCAACUAAAUUUGCAAAUAAUAAUCAACAUAGAUUUGGUGAUAAUGAUUUAACAAAUCAAUCAACUACAAAUUUGACCAAUGGUUCUUCAAUUAGAUUAAAUAAUAAUGAUUCUGCAUAUUCAUUAAAUGAACAAACCCCUGGCUUUUAUAGACCAGGUUUGAAAUCUUCACAACAAGAUUUACCAUUACAAGAUUUCAGUUCUGAAGGACAACCUCCAUUACCUUCAAUUGAUUCAUUAUGGGAUAGAAUUGAAUCAUGGAUUGAAGAAGAAUAUCCGGAAUUAGAAGAUAAUUUAAAUGAUGGUGUAACAUCAGCUGAUUUAAAUGAAUUUGUACAAGAUUUAAAAGCUGGUACUAAUGAAUUACCAUUAGAUUUCAAACAAUUUUAUAAAAGACAUGAUGGUCAAUUAAGAGGUGGUAAACCAACUGGGUUAAUUAUGGGUUUAGUAUUAUUAGAUUUAGAAGGUAUAAUUGAAGAACAAAUUUUAUGGAAUAAAGUAGCUGAAAGAUUACAAUCUCAGUAUUAUAUUCAACAAAAACAAAAUGACGGUACUUCAUCAUCAUCAACUACAAAUAAUAACUCUUUUAUUUCAAAUCAAAGGUCAAUUCCACCAAAUUCAAUUCAACCUCAUUACUAUAAUAGAGGUUGGGUUAUAUUAUUAAAAGAUAAUAUCGGUAAUCAAAUUGCAAUGGAUUUAAAUCCAGGUUCAAAUGGUAUCUAUGGACAAAUUAUUUUAUUUGGUAGAGAUUUUGAUACAAAAUUAGUUAUAGCUAAAAAUUUACAAGAAUUUAUAUUUGGUUAUGUUUCUGAUUUAGAACAAGGUAAUUAUAUAAUUGAUUCUUCAGAAUAUAGAGAAACUUUUGGAUAUUUAUCAAAUGAUAGAAAUGGAGAUUUUAUGGUUGGUGAUGAAGAUGAAGAUCAAGGUGAAUUGAGUUUUUGGGAUAAAGAUGGGAUUGAAUUUGGUAAAAAUUUUAAAAAUAGUAGAUUAAAUUAUAUUGAAAUUUUAAAAAAAAGAGCAUUGAAGAAAUACGGAUUAAAUGAAUCUUUUCAAACUAUUUAUCAACCACAAAGAGUUAAUAAAAAAGUGAAUAAUAGUGGAAUUAAUUCUCCAAUUUUAAACCAAUCUAGAAAUUCAUCAUCUUAUAAUAUUAAACCGCUUAAUUCAAAUACUCCAUUAAAUAAACCAAAUAUUUCAAGUCCUUUAGUUAAUCUUGAUAAUAAUUCAAGUUCUUUCACUGUGCCUAAAGAAACUAUAAUUGAUAAUAAAGAAACUAAGGAUGUAACUGAAAGUGAGGAUGCAACAACUAAGGAAGAACCAAAAAAAGAUGAACCAAUACAUAUAAAACCAGAAGUAACACCUAAAGAAGAAGAAGAAGAAGUACCAGCUAAAGAAGAAGAUAUAGAAGAAACUCAGUCAGCAUCUGAAGAAAAAGAAGAACCAAAAGAUGAUUUAGAAGAGAUAGUAGUUGAAGAAGCAGAAGACAAUGAAACAGAAGAAAUAGAAGAACAAGAAGACGAUAAUGAAACUAAUGACGAUAAUAAUAAUGAAUUAGCAUCAAAACCAUUGACUAAAAAUCAAAAGAAGAAACAAAAAAAGAAGAAUAAGAAACCGUAG